UCUUCUUUAGUCAAUACACAUAAUAAAUUAUAGUGAAACGAAACUCAAAUGUGAGAGGCAGACAGAAACUUCAGGCUACUUGUAGACGUUAUUGUGAAAUCACAGAAUAUAAAAAAGCCAGCUGGACUCGAGACGCAAGUGAAAAAUUAAACAACACAAAGUUUUAUAAUUUAUACCUCUCUGUUUCUGGCCACUCCCACGUACAUAACUAUGUAAGUAACUGUUUUCCUAAUAUGUUUGUGUGGUCUUUCUGGUUGUUCACUGUUUUAGUGCUCAUUAACCAGUGUACUGAGAACUCAGUAGUUUCCUACUUUCACAGCAUCUGGUCAUCUAGUUAUUAAGUAUCUUGUUAUUCUCACCUUUAACCUCCAGGAAGUGCCUGUGAGGUUCUAGUCACGCACUUUCACUUACCCUGUUUCAGCAUUUUUCUAAUUUCCUUUAAAACCCAUUCCAGUCUCACGCCUAAGUCGUCACAUGUGGUUUCGUUAGUAACUUUAGCCUUGUAAUCUUUCCCUGGCGUCAUAUCAGUAUUGCUCAUUAUUAACAUGAAUAUGUUUUUUAUUAUUCCUCAUUCAUACUUGAUAUUUGGUUAUACCUCAAUGUCAGCAUUUCACAUUUACCAUUCUGUGAUUAUCUUUAAACGCAUAAUUGUUUUAUUUAUGGUGAACAUACACAGAGAGUCUGCUUUUGCUCACUCCAGCUGCGGUUCACUGAGCUUCAACAAUUAACAUUUCUGACAAUAUCAACACAAUGAAUCAUAAAUUCGCUUGUGUUAAUGAUUGAACGAAGUUAAGACAAAACUGACACAGCGAUGAGCUUGAUCACAGAUCACAGAUUAGAUACAGAUAGACUCACAGCCCUGUAUAGAAAAGCAACGGGCAAAGGUUCUUUUAGGGAUCUAUCUCCAGAAACUUUCACAGUGUUGGAUUCCUCGGACAGAGGUGUGAGAAUGGUGACUUUGAGGAAACAGUAUGCGGUGGUCAGACCUGUGUACUCUGAGGACAGCUUUGCUGAAGAUCAUGAGAAGAUCUGCAGGCGGCACAAAACCAUCCCGGGCCAUUUAAAAGACUAUCUGACCUGUGAUUCAAAACGUGCCAAGAAUGCAGUGCUCUCUCUUCUGCCCAUUAUUGGCUGGAUGAGGAUCUACAGAGUUAGAGAGUGGCUGCUGGGUGAUGUGGUGUCUGGGAUCAGCACUGGACUGGUGGCCAUUAUGCAAGGACUGGCCUUCUCUCUGCUGGCCUCGCUGCCUCCGAGCUAUGGUCUCUACACAGCUUUCUUCCCCAUGCUAAUGUACUUCUUCCUCGGUACUUCAAGACACUUAUCUGUAGGCUCCUUUCCAGUCCUGAGCCUGAUGGUUGGAGCUGUGGUCAUUCGCCUGGUCCCAGAGGACGGACCACCGGCCAACAUCACCUGCUUUGAGGGCCUGUCGCAGGACCAGCAGAGAGUCCUGGUGGCCUCCUCUUUUACCUUCCUUAUGGGGAUUUUCCAGCUUGCCAUGGGUGUUCUACAGGUGGGCUUCAUUGUUGUGUACCUGUCUGACACUCUGGUGUCCGGCUUCACCACAGCAGCUGCUGUCCACAUCCUGGUUUCCCAGCUCAAGUUUGUGUUAGGAUUGAACGUUCCAGGCAUCAAUGGUCCACUCUCUAUCAUAUAUACCCUGGAGAAGAUCUUUGUCCAGAUCACCUCCACCAACAACUGUGACCUGGUGAUGUCCAUGGUUAUCAUAGCAGUGGUGUUCAUCGUGAAGGAGCUGAAUGACACAUACAAAGCCAAGUUGCCUGUCCCCAUCCCCAUAGAGGUUAUUGUGACUAUCAUAGCCUGUGGGCUGUCCUAUGGCUUCAACUUCGAGAAGACAUUUGAUGUUGACAUUGUUGGCAAAAUGGUUAGUGGGUAUGAAUCUCCCAUUGCACCCAACGUGGACAUCUUUAAGGAGAGUGCUGUGGAGGCCUUUCCUGCAGCCAUAGUGGGGUUUGCUGUUGCCUUCUCUGUGGCCAAAGUCUACUCUAUCAAACAUGAUUAUACCAUUGAUGGGAACCAGGAGCUCAUUGCAUUCGGGGUUAGCAACAUAUUUGGGGCAAGCUUCAGGUCGUUUGCAGCCAGCACAGCACUCUCCAGGACGGCUGUGCAGGAGAGCUCAGGAGGCAAAACACAGAUUGCAGGGCUGAUCUCAGCCAUCAUGGCAAUGAUUGUCACUUUGGCACUUGGUUUCCUGCUGGAGCCGCUUCCCAGGUCUGUCCUGGGUGCCUUGGUCAUUGUCAAUCUGAAGGGUAUGCUGAUGCAGUUCAAAGAAAUCCCGUACUUGUGGGGGAAGGACAAAACAGAAUGUGUGGUGUGGGUGGGAACAUGUCUGGGUGCCAUCCUGCUGGGACUGGAUCUUGGUCUGGUGAUGGGCUUGGGUGUGGAGCUGCUCACGGUUGUCUUCAGGACUCAAUUCCCUCGCUGUUCUGUAUUGGCUAACAUCCCAGGGACUGACUUCUACAGAGAUCAGAAAGAUUACCUGCAUUUAUUCAAACCUAAGGGAGUAACAAUCUUCAGGAUACCCUCGCCCAUCUUCUUCGCCAAUAUUGAGUUCUUCAGGGACAAGCUUAUAGAAGCUGUUGGAUUUAACCCUGUAAGGGUUUUGAGGAAGAGGAACAAGGCUCUCAGGAAAAUCAAGAAACUGUUGCAGAAGGGGGAUAACGAUAUUACAGAGAAAGGCUGGAACUCUGAGCUUCCCGCUAAAAUCAAUGUUCCCAGAGUGGACCUCCACAGCCUGAUCCUGGACUUCUCUGCUGUCUCCUUCCUGGACAUCUGUGCUAUGAAGGGACUGAAAACGGCAUUCAAAGAGUUCAUCCAUGUUGGGGUGGAGGUUUACAUUGUUUCUUGUGAUGCAUACGUCUUGGAGAAACUGCACCGCUGGAUGUUCUUCGAUGAAGAGAUUCUAACCUCCAUGUUCUUCCCGACCCUUCAUGACGCAAUGCUGCAUGUGCUUGAAAAACAUAAGGAUGAAACUAAAGACCGGGUGGUAAUAGAUACCAAACUCUAGAAGAGCACCUGUCUCCAGAAACAUCCUUUCAAAAAGACCAUUAAGCCACAGAACUAGAGAGUUGCUGUUAAAUUUACUGCUAUGAUAAAAUGCUGUUUGUCUAUUCAAGAUCAUGAUGUGAUUUUUAUGUAUGAUCCAGUCUUUGCUGUCACAGGACUCUAGUAAAGUGUCCUUUUUCAGACGGUUUGUUUGAUAAAUGCAAUAUAUUUUCAAGAUUAAAUGGCGAUACAAAAAGCA